UUGUCUUUAGGCAGCAGAAAUGGAAAAGCUCUGUCUCCACACAAGCAAAAAUGCCUCCUUGUGAUUUUGUACCUGAAAAAUAUGAAUCCCAUCCAUAUGAAUAUAUGCGGAAGAUUCGUGAACAAAAUAUUUCUCCUUCAUUGCGAACGUAUUACAAGAGGCCAUUGUUGCUGCAUCAAGGCCACAUGCAGUGGUUAUUUGAUUAUGAAGGACGAAGAUACCUUGAUCUCUUUGCUGGAAUUGCCACUGUCAGUGUUGGUCACUGUCACCCGAAGGUAACUAUGGCUACCCAGAAACAGCUUGCUCGCCUCUGGCAUACCUCUAGUAUCUAUAUGCACCCGUCAAUCCAGGACUAUGCUGAAAAGCUAACUUCUCUUUUUCCAGAUCCACUUAAGGUGGUUUAUCUAACCAACAGUGGGUCAGAAGCCAAUGAUUUGGCUAUGUUCAUGGCAAGGCUAUAUACUCGCAACUUCGACAUCAUCUCUUUCAGAGGAUCAUACCAUGGAGGCAGCCCUUACACGCUGGGAUUGACAUCUCUUGGUCUUUAUAAGCAUGGUGUUGCCAAUGGCUUUGGUUGUUUAACAACAAUGGUACCAGAUGUUUUUCGUGGUCCAUGGGGAGGCAGCCACUGUAGAGAUUCUCCAGUGCAAACUGUUCGAAAAUGCAGCUGUUCUGAAGGUGUAUGUCACGCUAAGGACCAGUACAUUGAACAGUUCAAAGAUACUCUGAAUACCUCAGUACCAAAGACAAUAGCUGGAUUUAUCGCUGAACCAAUUCAAGGUGUUAAUGGAACUGUUCAGUACCCAAGAGGUUUCUUAAAGGAAGCUUUUCAGCUAGUACGGGAAAGACAGGGCGUUUGUAUUUCAGAUGAAGUACAGACAGGAUUUGGACGGACGGGCAGCCAUUUCUGGGGAUUUCAAACACAUGGUGUAGUCCCUGACAUUGUUACUUUGGCAAAAGGAAUUGGUAAUGGCUUUCCAAUGGCAGCUGUUGUUACAACAAAAGAAAUUGCAAGUUCCCUGGCUCAAAACCUUCAUGUUAAUACAUUUGGAGGAAACCCUUUGGCUUGCACAGUUGGCGCUGCAGUUCUUGAUGCUAUUGAAGAAGAUGGUCUGCAGAAAAACAGUGAGGAUGUGGGAACAUACAUGCUGCUGGAAUUGGCUAAGCUACGGGAUAAAUUCAAGAUUGUUGGGGAUGUCCGUGGCAAGGGACUUAUGAUUGGAAUAGAAAUGGUGACAGAUAAGGACCAUUGCCACCCUCUUCCAGCUGAAGAAGUUGGUCAGAUCUUGGAGGACUGUAAAGAGAUGGGGGUUCUGAUCGGCAGAGGAGGACUCUACAGCCAGACAUUUAGGAUUAAACCUCCAAUGUGCAUUACUAAAAAGGAUGUCGACUUUGCUGUGGAAGUAUUUGACACUGCUUUACAGAGACACAUGGAAAGGGCAGCUACAAAAUAG